UUUAAUAAAAUUUCAAAAAAUGGCAAAAUCCGAUUAUUUCCCCAGGUACGGGGUUGAAAAUUAUUCCUUUGUUACUUCUUAUGAACUUUCAUUUGAUAUGGUUUCUUCAACUGAAUGGAUGCGAAGAAAUUGGAUUCAUUCAAUUACUUUAUCUGUUAUUUAUAUUUUUGGUAUUUUUGGUGGACAAAAAUUAAUGAACAAUCGAAAACCUUUUGUUUUGGAUUAUGCUCUUUUUUGGUGGAAUAUAUUUUUGGCAACAUUUUCUGCUGUAGGGGCUGCUAGAAUGUUACCAGAACUUUUUUGGUCUGUCAAUUCAAAUUCUUUUUUCUAUUCAAUUUGUAUUGGUUCUUAUGCCCAAGGAAUUAGUGGAUAUUGGGGGGAUAAAUUUGCAAUGUCUAAGGUUAUUGAAUUUGCCGAUACUGCUUUUAUUGUUUUACGUAAAAAACCUUUAAUCUUUCUUCAUUGGUAUCAUCAUGUUACGGUAUUGAUCUCAACUUGGAUGAUGUACAAAGAUCAUGCUGCUAGUGGUAGAUGGUUUAUUGCAAUGAAUUAUGUUGUUCAUUCUUUUAUGUAUACUUAUUAUGCCCUAAGAGCUUUACAAUAUAAAUUACCCAAAUGGACUGCAAUUUUUGUUACUCUUUUACAAAUAUCUCAAAUGAUUGUUGGAUUAGCUAUAAGUAUUUAUAUCGUCAGAUUAAAAUCUGUUGGAAUUGAAUGUCAAAAUACUUGGACUAAUCUCUACAUUUCUCUUUUAAUUUAUUUGAGUUAUUUUUUGCUUUUUUGUAAUUUCUUUUAUCAAACUUAUUUACGUUCUGGAAAUCGUUAUACAAAAAUUGAAAAGAAAUCGAAAGAAGUUUUAACUAAUGGAAAUGCUAAUAAUAUUACUUCUGAAACUACUAUUAGUGGAGAAUUGAUGGAACCAAUAAAAAGUUAA